AUGAACGCCAGGCAGUGGUUGGAGAAGCUGGUGGCCUUUGACACCACCAGCCGCAACUCGAACCUCGAGCUCAUCCACUACUGCAGGAACUACCUGGAGGGGCUCGGCGUCAAGUGCACGCUUGUGCACAACCGCGAGAGGACGAAAGCGAACCUGUGGGCGACGCUGCCGGGCGACGGCGGCGUGACCGACGGCGGCAUCAUUUUCUCCGGCCACACCGACGUGGUGCCGGUGGACGGGCAGAAGUGGGACAGCGACCCGUUCACGCUGACGGAGAGGGACGGGAAGUUGUACGGGCGCGGGACUUGCGACAUGAAGGGCUUCGUCGCCGUCUGCAUGGCGCUCACCCCCGAGCUGCUGAAGAUGAAGCGGGCGAAGCCGAUCCAUUUGCGUGGACGUACGACGAGGAG